UUGCGAACGGCACCAGGACCUCGAUCGCACGCUCCGGGGCCCGAGCUCCGGCUUCUUUCUGCGCCGAACUGGACGCGCACCAUCGUCGGUCGCUCGCCUGUCGGCGUGACGCACUCGGAUCCACCGUCCGACGAGCGGCAUUUCGCGCUUCAGCCCACGAACUCCAGAGCUCCGAGUCCUCAAGUGAGCGUGCGAGUCGCCAGCAGGUCUUCCAGCGUUUGUUUCUGGGCCUCCGCACUACCUUGCUGCUUUGAGGUUACUUGUCUCCUCCCGUUAUACAGCGGAGCGGUCCUGGUCCGUUCUUCACGCUUGUCGUUGUCCCCAUUUGAGACUUCGCCGCAUGCACGCCACGAGCUCCAGCACGCAGAGCGGAGGCAGCCCCGUCACGGAGGACGAGGAGUCCAUGUCGCCCUUCUCGUCGCCAUCCUCCGCCUCCACGAACGGUGCUAGCUUCGCGCAAUUACUUCAGCGCGCAGCUCAGACUGGAGACGUUAAGCAGAUCGUCAAGCUUGUCCAGACGGCGCGCACCAGCGCCUCCUCUCCGUCGUCCGGCAUUGAUAUCACCAAAAGAUCCUCCUCGUCGUCGUCGUCAUCGGAGCCUUGGAUCGACGCUGCAGAUGAAGACGGCUUCACAGCACUACACCUCGCAUGCGUUGGCGGACACGAUGAUGCCGUGCAUGAACUGCUACGAGCCGGUGCUCACUUGGAAGUCGCAACACCUGAAGGAUUUACUGCACUCAUGUUCGCCGCAUGGUCUGGGUCGCUCUCGCUCGUGCAAACGCUAGUCUCACUUGGAGCAGACGUGACGGCACGCGACGUGGACGGCAACGACGCUGCUUUCAUCGCCAAGAUGAACGAGCAUGCGAGUGUGGCCAAAUUCCUGCAGCAGCAGAUGGAAAACCCGGAGGACCUGCCGAAGAAGCCGCACAGUACGUCAUCGAAAAAGAGCGGACAAGAGCAGGACCUCGAGUCAAUUUCCCCCGAGAGCUCCCCGGUUAAGUCGAUAAGGUCCAGUGACUCCAGAGCUUCGACGGGAACCGAAGGCAGCGGAAUCGACAGCAGCAGCAGCAGCUCAUCGACGUGCUCGUCGCCCGAGCAGCUCGCAGGGAAGACUUUGCUCACUGAGGAAGCGAGCCCCUCGGGCGACACUGACGGUGCCACGCCAUUACACGUUGCGGCUAUGCACGGACAAUUGGAGACCGUCAAGGUGCUCCUGGCUCGCGGUGCUAGUCUGUCGGCUGCGCUGCCGGGUGGUGCGACUGGGUUACACUUGGCAUCGGCAUCGGGCUUCGUUGAUGUGGCCUCGUACCUGAUUGACCAGGGCCUGCCAGUCGACGAGCCCACAAUAGCCGGCACAACGCCGCUUCAUGAGGCUGCAUACCAAGGACACGUCGAGGUGGCCGCACUACUGCUAGAUCGUGGAGCCAACGUGGAUGCAGCGACUGAGCGCGGCACGACGCCAUUGCAUCGAGCAGCUGAAAACGGUCACGUGCAAAUUGCUGAGCUGCUGAUCGCCCAUGGAGCUCACAUCGAUGCUGUGACGACGGAUUAUCUCGCUGCGGCUGUGGAUAGUGAGGCAGCGGGUGAGAAUUCUCGCCGGCGACGACGUCGGAGACGAAAGAAGUCGGUCGCUGUGGAAACGGGAGGAAAGGCAUUAGCUGAAGAAGCGCCCGAGACGGAACCGCGAACUCCGGAUGAGCUAGAAAAGGAAAUUUCGUCCUGCAGGUCUAACCAAGUCGCGCUCUGUUUGGCAGCCAAAAACGGUCACUUGGAUAUGGUGCAGUAUCUACUGACACGCGGUGCAGCUAGCGCGACGGAUCUUGCAGCACUCGAGCCAUCAAGACACCCGAUUAUGCUGGCAGCUCGACGCGGGCAUCUAGAUAUUGUGCGUUUCCUGCUCGCUCACGACGAAUGUACGUCCAGCCUGCCCGACGCAGCGUCCCGCGUGCUGUGCUGUGCAGCGGAGCAUGGUUAUCUGCAGAUGGUAGAGCAUGCUUUAGCUCGAGGAGCCGAUAUUGAGGCCAUUGGUGGCAAGAAGCAGGCUACGCCGUUAGUUCUUGCAGCUCGACAGGGCCACUUGGCUGUCGUGCUUCACCUUCUGUGGGGCGGUGCGAAGAUUGACGCUGCCACUGCAUCCACAGGCUACACAGCUCUGCAUUAUGCAGCUAAGCACGGCCACCUCACGGUUGUCAACAGCUUACUCCUCAACGGUGCUGAUGUUGACGCUGUCUGUGCGCAGCGCCAGUCGUCGCCACUCCACUUGGCUGCUGAAUCGGGUCACGGAGACGUGGUGCGCUGUCUGUUAUCCUUUGACGCUAGUGUUGAUGCCAAGAAACACCCGGGGACCAUGACGGCUUUGCACAUUGCUGCAGAGCGUGGACAUGUUGGUGUGGCGCGCGAGCUGCUGGCACAUGGAGCGAAACUCGAAGCGCAAGCGCAGAACGACUUGCGUGCACUGUUCAUUGCCGCGUAUUGCGGUCACAAGGACGUCGUCGAGCUGCUGCUUGAUCACGGAGCCGAACUGGAAGCCGUAUCAGGCACCAACAAGACCACGCCUCUGCGUGGAGCGGUAUCGAAGGGCAGGACCGACGUCGUUGAGCUGCUACUGGCCAAAGGCGCCGAUGUUAACGCUACGCAGCCAACAGACGGAACUACGAGCUUGCAUAGCGCGGCUGCUAACGAUUUCGGCGGCAUUCUCAAGAAGCUAGUGACGGCUGGAGCGGAUCCUGACCGAGAGGAUCGCGAAGGUCGCACCCCAAUGGACUACGCUGCGUCGGACCCCAUUCGGCUGCAGCUUCGUCUGGCGCUGCUCAAGUCUCACUGGCAAAAGCAGGACGGAGGACGAAAGUGAGCGCCCAGAACCGCAGGAGACUCGCUGCUGCGUUUACCAUUUUUGCACACAUGUUAGAACAUGUACGAGAUGCGGAACAGUUCUGCAGAUAUGAUACAAUUUUAUUCUUUAAAAAAAUAUACAACGGAUGAAGUGAAAACACA